UAAAACCAUUUGUAAUUUAAUUAUUUACACUUAUCAUUCGGAAAAGUCCGCUGCGCCAAUUAGCGAAAUAUUGUCUGAAAGGAUGUUUCAUGGACGCCGCGAAAGCUUUCCCGAUAAAAUCCGAUGAAUUCUGUUAGAUUCUUCGGUCAAGGCCUCGCCUUCAGGCAUAAGAAAGGCAGAGUUUCUUCUCUAACUAGCGCAGCUGCUCUUGGGUUAAGUUUCAGUAGAUUAAAAGGAUCCCAAAGUUUCUUCACUACUUUCAUGGAGGAUCCGGAGCUUGAGGAAUUCAUUCAUUAUAUGGAUUCUCUCAAGAACUACGAGAAAUCCGGCAUCCCCAAAGGCGCGGGCACAGACUCAGAUGAAGGGUUUGAUUUGGGUCGGAUGCGGCGCCUCAUGGACCGCCUUGGAAAUCCUCAGUCAAGGUUCAAGGCUGUUCAUAUUGCUGGGUCCAAAGGGAAAGGGUCAACUGCUGCUUUUCUCUCGAAUAUGCUGAGGGCAGAAGGGUAUUCUGUUGGUUGCUAUAGUAGCCCUCAUAUUCUUAGUAUCAGGGAGCGCGUGUCAGUGGGAAAGUUAGGCGAGCCAGUAUCUGCAAAGGUCUUGAAUUCUUUCCUCCGCAAGAUUAAGGAUACUCUUGACCAGGCAAUCGAGCUUGAAAAUGGACAUUUGACUCAUUUUGAGGUUUUCACUGCGACAGCACUCGCCUUAUUUGCUCAAGAGAAUGUUGACAUUGCAGUCAUUGAGGCUGGUCUAGGUGGUGCACGGGAUGCCACAAAUAUUAUCAGUGCUCCAGAACUUGCAUCAUCGAUAAUAACAACAAUAGGUGAGGAACAUUUGGAAGCACUAGGGGGUUCAUUGGAAAGCAUUACAAUGGCGAAGUCUGGAAUCAUUAAACAUGGUCGCCCAGUGGUUCUGGGUGGACCAUUUCUUCCCCAUAUUGAGUGUAUUUUGCGGGAGAAAGCUUCAUCAAUGGGCUCACCAGUGCUAUCGGCAUCUGAUACGGGAAUUAAAAUGGAUGUUAAAGGCAUUGACACUUUUGACGGCAAACCCUGCCAAUCUUUUGACAUAAAGAUACAGGUUGAGAGGGAUGUUAAUUUGCACGUGGAGCUAGAUGAUGUGAAACUCAGCAUGCUUGGAAGUCACCAACUUCGAAAUGCAGCAACUGCAACACUGGCAGCACUGUGUCUUCGUGAUCAGGGAUGGAAAAUGUCUGAUGGGUCUAUAAGGGCUGGCUUAGAAAACACGAGCUUGCCUGGAAGAAGCCAAUUCCUAUCAUCCAAGGAUGCGGAGGACUUAGGACUCCCUGGAGCAACAAUAUUACUUGAUGGAGCUCACACUAGAGAAUCCGCCAAAGCUUUAGUAGAUACAAUACGGAUGACAUUUCCAGAGGCACGAUUGGCCCUUGUGGUUGCGAUGGCAAGUGACAAGGACCAUUUAGGCUUUGCCAGAGAAUUUCUUUCAGGUAGAGAAUUAGAGGCUGUCUUUUUAACAGAGGCUAAGGUUGCUGGAGGAACAUCUAGAACAACUUCAGCUUCAUUCUUAAGAGAUUGCUGGAUUCAAGCGUCUAAAGAAUUGGGAAUCAGUGUUCUUCUUCACGAUGGAAUGAUGGAAUACGAAGAAGAGCAACUGCACUCCAUUGCUAAGGAUUCUGAUCGAAGAACAGUGUUGGCCACUGAAAAAUCAUUAGAAGUUUGUAUGAGGACUGCAAACCAGAUUCUCAGAAGAAGAUCAGGCAACCAAUCCAGCAUUAUUGUUGUCACAGGAUCUCUGCAUAUUGUUUCGUCUGUAUUAGCUUCUCUUCAUGGAUGAAUUGACUUGUAAUUCUUCCUGUGUUGUUUUUGACAUUUUAUACAGAAGCAUCAACUGUAGCCUGCAGUUGUUUUAUUCACAUGCAUACCAUGUUUGAUGGGUUAAUACAAUUUUUGGUCAUCAAAAGAUGGUCAGUGUUUUAA